AUGAAGCCCAUAUCGAUACUCGCGCUGUUCAUCGCGGCCGCCCAGGGCGUUGCCGUCCCCGACAAAGCAGACGUCGCGCUCUACCAGCCGCGAUCGCAACACCGCGAGCGCGACACAGACUUUGGAGACCUGUGGAAGCGCAGAGGCGGCGGCGGAGGUGGUGGUAGAGGCGGUGGCAGCUCUGGAGGCUCGUCCGGCGGCUCGUCUGGUGGCAGCAGUGGUGGCUCCUCUGGCUCGGGCUCUUCAGGUUCUUCUGGUGGAUCGUCCGGAUCCAGUGGCUCAGGACGUGGAUCGUCAGGCUCUAACUCGGGUGGCUCAACAACCACAGGCAGCGGAGCAAGACCUGCAUACGGCGGCGGCUCAUACUACGGCGGAGGAGCAGCGUCCCCAUACCGGUCCGGCAGGGCGACGCCGGGCGGCCUGUCUCCGCUCCCCUUCGUCUUCGCGGGCGCCGCUAUCGCCUUCUGGCCCGGCCUGUGGCUGCACGGCGCCUACCUCUACCCCUACGCGCACCCGUGGGGCUACCACAACAGGAGCUCGAACAGGAACGAGUCCAAGCCCGUCAUCUGCGGCUGCGACCAGUACGAGGAGUGCGGCUGUGAGGACAACAACAACCAGACGUACGUGGACAGCGUCAUUGGCAACGGCAGCUACGACUCGCUCAACAGGUCGCUCGUCACCGUCGCCAAGGUCAACGGCACUGACACGAUCCUCAUCAACGGCACCCUGGCCAACGGCACGACCUCGUCAGGCGGCACAGAGAGCCCCGACAGCGGAGCGUCUGGCGUCCUCCAGCACGCUGGCUGGUGGCCAGUUGUUGCAGCGGCUGCUGCUAUGGUGCUUAUUUGCUAA